AAAGGAAUAAAAAAAAAAAAAAAGAACACCUCGCAAGUCUAAAUUCACAUGCAAUCAUUUACUCCUUCGGCAAAGAUACCCAGCAGUUAUCAUCGGCGCCGACUUACGACAUCACGCCGUUUAUGACUCGUUUUUGUUUCGUCUCUUUCAGAAUUUAGCGCAUCUCUUAACACUAGAACGUCUGGUCCGUCAUGGACUGAGCGCCCUUCCUGUCCUUUCUCAGUCACUGUGGUGUGGAAAAAAGAUUAUAUAUCUCGAGACGGGCUUCAGGGGACUCAGUGGUCCUCCCACUGCUUUCUCUUGUUUCAUAUGUGCCAUCUGCCUCUUUGCAUUUUUCGGUCUGGCUUUCCUAUAUUUUCCUAUUUUGUCUUUUCAUCACCCUACAGCAAUGUCGCGACGACACUUUUCCCAGGUUUAUUUUCUCGAUUCUUAAUUGCAGAUUAUUGCAUCAUCGAAACGACUUCGGAUUUCUUUUUAGCUAUUCAAAGACUCGACCGUGGAAUAUCGUAUAGGCCAACAUUUUCUCAGACCAUUCUCCUUUGUUAAAAGCUAGGCCGUAUGGAGAAUUGGAGGCUACAUAUAGAGAUUAUGGCUGUUUGUGAGCCUUUAAUUUUCCUUUCCCCCCCCCCCCCCCCC